AUGACCUGAGUUUCAACACAGCACUUAGUCCUCAUGUCACUAUUUUGGUGCUGCCUGUGUGAAGCAGUAGAAGCCUGUGAUGCAGUCGCUGUCUUGUUAGGUGUGGUUCUCAGCGUUACAGGCAUUCUUGCUUGCUUGGGGGUAUAUGCACAAAAGAGAAAUGGAUAG